UCCACGUAGCUGCAGCGCAUGCGCACUAGGGUUUUAGCGCUGAGCUGUACUUCCUUUAUUCAAGGCAGUGUGAAAGAAGUACAGCAACUCAAUCACCGUACCUCAAGAAUAUUACCAAACACAUCCGACACCAUGAUAGUUCGGGUAGCUGCUUUUCUGUCGCUGCUGGCGGUCUCCUGCUUGGGAGAGAGCUGCACAGACCCAGUCAUCACCCCGUCGGCCUACACCACGUCGGACGCAGUCAUCUCCUCAGAGUCGGUCUUCAUCGUUGAGCUCAGUCUGACCUGUGCCAACGGAGCCCAGAGCGUCACCCUGUAUGCAGAUGUCAACGGAAGACAGUUUCCUGUGACUAGAGGUCAGGAUGUUGGCAAAUAUCAGGUGUCCUGGAGUCUUCCUCACAAACAAGCCACUUCUGGAAGCUAUCAGGUCAAAUUCUUCGAUGAGGAGUCCUACAGUGCUCUGCGCAAGGCUCAGAGAAACAAUGAAGACAUAAAUGCCAUCCAGCCUCUGUUCUCUGUUAACAUUGACCACAGGGGAGCGUGGAACGGCCCGUGGGUCUCAACUGAGGUGGUGGCUGCCCUGAUUGGUAUCUUGGUCUAUUACCUGGCCUUUAGCGCCAAGAGCACCAUCCAAGCAUAACAUGAUCCACACUGUUUCCACCUCUGGAUCAUUAAAGACUGGACUCUGGUGGAUGUGACUAAUAGUUGCUGUUGCAGCUGAACCAACAGGAGUUUGCCACUUCUGCUUUAGAGCAAGAAGCAAAGACGAUGGCUAAUUUUCUAAAAUCAGACUGUUUCGUGCAAUCGGUCUUGUAACGUUUCAGAAUAAAUCUGUCACCAGUUGUCCUCUGUGUUGAAGGACAUUCUGCUUCUUCCUCUGUGUGGGUACUGUGGCCGGAGCGGGACUCAUGCAGAUAUUUUGAAUACCAACUGAGUUCCACACACGUGAAACGUCAACAAUGUGUCAGCACCAGCUGGCCUGAACAGGCCUUCAAAUAUGUGUCUCUUCCAGGAAAACGAAUAAAUGGCUUGUUCUAA